AUGGCUUGUACCAAGCAAACAACAAGAAAAUCUACAUAUGGUAAAGCCUCAAGGAAGCAAUCAGCCACCAAGACAAUUGGGAAAUCGGAUCCAACUCAUCGGAGGAGUGAUGAAGCCUCAUCGUUUCGAGCUAGAACAAUGGCCUCGAAAGAAAUUAAGAAAUACCGGAUCGAAGACCAUCGAGGUGUUAAUAGGGAAAUUAUCUUUUUAAAGGCUAAGGUUCCUCACGUUUCCAUGGGUACCCCAAUUCAGCAAGAGUUUAACCCUAAAUCUUCUUUCUAUAAACAGCUUGCGAAUGCCGUGAAUGAGGGAAAAUUGGUACCUAAAUACGUUAUUUUUGGGUUGUUAUCAAAGAGGCUUGAAAAGGGUUAUUAUAGAGGUGAAAAUGGGUUUAUUUUGGAUGAAAUAUCGUAA